AUGGCGGGCGGGGUAGGCAGUGCUCCCCGCUCCCGGGCAUGGAAGCUCUACUCUCCUUAUGGGAAGUACACUAGCAUCCUCUCCGUCUUCCUCCUUUCUCUCCUCUGCGCCUUCGCUUACUUUCUCGGCAGACGCCAGGAUGCCCGAGGCGCCGUCGAUGGCUACCCCGCCGUCGUCUCCUCCGCCGCUUGCUCCCCCGGCAACGGAACCGGCCCCCUCCGCCCUCCUUCCUCCCCUGUCGGAAGCCUCGACUUCUUGGCCCACCACGCCGCCGACGCCGCCUCCGCACCGCCCAUGCUGGAGUACGCCGCCUGCGACGCCAAGUACAGCGAGUACACCCCCUGCGAGGACCGGGAGAGGUCUCUCAAGUACCCGAGGGAGCGGCUGGUCUACCGCGAGCGGCACUGCCCGGGGAAGGAGGAGCUCCUCAAGUGCCUGGUGCCGGCGCCCCGGGGGUACCGGCGGCCGUUCCCCUGGCCGGCCAGCCGCGAGGUAGCUUGGUUCGCCAACGUGCCUCACCGGGACCUCGCCGUGGAGAAGGCGGUGCAGAACUGGAUCCGGGUCGACAGCGACAAGUUCCGGUUCCCCGGCGGCGGUACGAUGUUCCCCCGCGGCGCUGACGCCUACAUCGACGAGAUCAGCGAACUGAUCCCGCUGCGCGACGGGUCCAUCCGCACCGCCGUUGACACGGGCUGCGGGGUGAGUCGGGCAUCUCUCUCCCCGGUCAUCUUCUUUCCUCGCCCAUCCUCUUUUCUUUUCCAUAUUUGGAAGGUGCCGUCAAAUCGGGAGGGGCUGCGGGGCCAUGGGCGUCGUCGCAGUUGUUUCCUUUCUGGUCAGGGAAAGAUCUCCGCGAUGGCGUAUCUGAAGGAUAUCCGCCGGAGGACGACGGGAAACUGAUUCUUACGUCGGGGAAUAGCGAAAGGGAGUCAACCCCGUUGCGGCCUUCCGAGUCUCUGUGGUGAUGAAGUCGGUGGAUGUUGCAGGUGGCGAGCUGGGGGGCUUACCUUCUGUCACGAAACGUCCUCGCCAUGUCCUUCGCUCCAAGGGACACCCACGAGGCGCAGGUGCAGUUCGCGCUGGAGCGCGGCGUCCCCGCCAUGAUCGGCGUCAUGGCCUCCCAGCGGCUCCCCUACCCCGCCAGGGCCUUCGACAUGGCACACUGCUCCCGCUGCCUCAUCCCCUGGCACCUCCAUGGCGGACAGUUCUUGAUUGAGGUGGACCGGAUACUCCGCCCCGGGGGUUACUGGGUCUUGUCGGGGCCCCCCAUCAACUGGAAGACCCACUGGAGGGGCUGGCAGAGGACGCAGGAUGACCUCCGAGCCGAGCAGGACGUCAUUGAAGACGUCGCGAGGAAGCUCUGCUGGAAGAAGGUCAAGGAGAGGGGCGACAUCGCCAUCUGGCGGAAACCCACCAACCAUGUACACUGUGGGAUCACCCGGAAGCUCUUCAAGUCCCCGCCGUUCUGCUCGGCUUCGGCGAGCCCUGAUGCCGCCUGGUACGUCCGAAUCUCCAUGGUGCAGAUCCGGUAAUCACAGCGAUUGACUCGGAGCGCUCCCCCUCGUCAGGUACACGAAGAUGGAGACUUGCAUAACCUCCCUGCCGGAGGUUGCGGACCUGCGCGAAACUGCCGGCGGGGAGCUGAAGAAUUGGCCGGAAAGGUUGACGGCGGUGCCGCCGAGGAUCAAUAGCGGCAGCAUAAGCGAGGUGACGGCGGAGACCUUCCUCGAGGACUCCGAGCUGUGGCGGCGGCGGCUCGGAUUCUACAAGACCCUCGUCAACCAGCUCGGGAAGCCCGGCGGGUACCGCAAUCUGCUCGACAUGAACGCCCACCUCGGCGGGUUCGCCGCCGCGCUUGCCGGAGACCCUGUGUGGGUCAUGAACGUGGUGCCUCCGGCGGGCGUCGACACCCUGGGCGUCGUCUAUGAGCGCGGACUCAUUGGAACCUACCAUGACUGGUGAGCCCAGAAAACCAAACCCAUUAAAAUUUUGGAGAUGAUUAUGAAACCCAUUAAAAUUUUCUCCUGAUUAUCUCCGCGCUCGCCGCAGGUGCGAGGCCAUGUCGACGUAUCCGAGAUCGUACGACCUCCUCCACGCAGGCUCGGUAUUCACGUUGUAUAGAACCAGGUGAGCUCCUCUGGAAGCGAAAGCCGUACGGCUGGCUUGUCCUUCUUCCUCCUGACUGGGCCUGCUCCGCGUCUCAGGUGCGAUAUGGAAGACGUCCUGCUGGAGAUGGACAGGAUCCUGCGGCCGGACGGGGCGGUGAUCUUCAGGGACGACGUGGACGUCCUGGUGAAAAUCAAGAGCCAUACGGACCGCAUGAGAUGGGAGAGCCAGAUUAUGGACCCCGAGGGCGGCCCCCUGCAGAGGGAGAAGAUCCUGCUGGCGGUGAAGCAGUAUUGGACGGCAGCCGAUCCGCACGAGAAAGAGAUUGGUCAACCAUCCGCGUGA